AUGGAGCUCCAAUCCAUUCUACUGCUUCUUCCACUCAUCAUCUCUCUUCCUUUUUGCUCUUCAUCUACAGACACCAUAAGAUUCAACGAAUCUCUUGCAGACGGCCAAGUACUAGUUUCCAGUGGAGAAAAGUACACCCUCGGCUUCUUCCGCCCCGGCAGCUCAAGAAAUCGAUACCUCGGAAUUUGGUUCACCAAACUUCCGACCCGGGUCGUCGUUUGGGUCGCCAAUCGAGACAAUCCGAUCAACGACACUACCGGCUCGCUCUCCAUCGACGCCGCUCGAGGAGGCUUGAUUUUGCAACAGGGGAGCAGGAACAUGACUACUCCUGCUCCCCUCUGGUCUACAAACGUCUCCACCGCCGGACAAAAUCCGGUGGUGGCACGACUGUUAGACGAAGGGAAUCUCGUCCUGCUGCAGCAGCAGCAGGACGGGGAUCAGGUCCUGUGGCAGAGUUUCGACCAUCCGACCGACACGGUCCUGCCCAACAUGGUGCGGAAAACAGGACCGGACUACGCGGUCCGGUCCUGGAAGUCCCCUGACGACCCUGCAGCAGGGGACUGGUCCUACGUCCUGGAAUCGAACGGGUCGCCGCCUCAGCUGAUGCUGUACGAAGGUCGGACCAAGCGGUGGCGGAGCGGACCGUGGAACGGAGUCGCCUGGUCCGGGGUCCCGGACAUGUCUAGGAUCACCUUCUUCAACAUCAGCGUCGUGGUCAACGACAGCGAUUCGACUUUCGUCUGGGGACUUCGGAAUGAUCCUACUCUAAUAGCCCGGGUGUACUUGGAUCCGGAGGGGAUUUUGAACCGAGCAAUUUGGCAGGACAAGGAUGCGCGGUGGAACGAGAUCUUCAGGUAUCCGAAGGAGACGUGCGACUGGUAUGGACACUGCGGGCAGAAUGGGAACUGCGACCAGAACAAGGAUGCAGGGGCUUUCUUCUGCAGCUGCCUCCCGGGGUUCGAGCCGAGGUCUCUGGGCGACUGGUACCUGAGGGAUGGCUCGGGAGGGUGCGCCAGGAAGCGAACGGGGAGCCUGAGCUGUGGAAGGGACGGUGGAGGCGAUGGGUUUGUGAAAUUGGAAAAUGCUAAAGUUCCUGACACGACGACGGGGAGAUUGUACGCGGGUAUGGAUUUGAAAAACUGCGAGCAGGAGUGUCUGAGGAACUGUUCCUGUACGGCUUACGCGAGUUCUAAUUUGACGAGCGGGAUUGGGUGCAUCGUACUGUACGGGGAUCUGAUGGAUACGAGAGUGUUUGCUGGUGGUGGGCAGGAUGUGUAUGUGCGAGUGAAUGCGGCUGAGUUAGCUGAAUACAGGAAAAGGUUGAAAGGAGACAAUGGGAAGAAGAAGGUUUUAGCGAUUGCAUUGGCCUCUGUGGCUGCGGCCAUCAUGUUGGUGGUUUCAGUUGCGUAUUAUUGCCUCUGGAGAAGGAAAAGAAAAGGAAACAAAGAAGAGACUAAUCGUACGAUUCCGAAAAUAGAAUCCGAAUCCGAGAAGGAAAGUUUGUACGAAGAUAAAGAUUCGUCGGUGCCAAUUUUUGAUGUGCUUGACAUCUUUGCUGCCACGAAAGAUUUCUCUUUGGCCAGCAAACUUGGACAGGGAGGUUUUGGCACCGUUUACAAGGGUGUACUUUCUAGCGGACAAGAAAUAGCCGUGAAAAGAUUGUCUAAGACCUCGAGGCAAGGAAUUCGAGAAUUCAAGAAUGAAGUACGGCUAGUUUCCAAACUCCAACAUAAGAACCUAGCAAGGCUGUUUGGUUGUUGCAUCCAUGGAGAGGACAAAAUGUUGAUCUAUGAGUAUUUGUCAAACACAAGCCUCGACCUCUUCAUAUUUGAUAAAAGGAGAAGCUCGUUAUUGGAUUGGAUGAGACGAUUUGAAAUUAUCAUUGGAAUUGCUCGAGGUUUAUUGUAUCUGCAUCAAGAUUCGAGGUUGAAAAUCAUCCACAGGGAUCUUAAAGCAAGCAAUGUUCUACUAGACGCUGCAAUGAAUCCUAAGAUUUCAGAUUUUGGGAUGGCUAGAUUAUUUGGAGAAGAUCAAAUAGAGGCCAAUACAAAUAGAAUUGUUGGAACCUACGGAUACAUGUCACCAGAAUAUGCAAUGGAGGGUCUCUACUCAACCAAAUCAGAUGUUUUCAGCUUUGGAGUUCUGACACUUGAGAUCGUGAGUAGUAGACGAAGCAACCAAUGUUACCAAGAAAGUCCAUCAUUAAGCCUGAUUGGUCAUGUGUGGGAGUUGUGGAGAGAAGGAAGAGCAUUGGAAAUUGUAGAUCCAUCAACGAUGGGAGAAUCAUGUUCUAUCGAUCAAAUCAUGAGGUGCAUUCAGAUAGGUCUUUUAUGCGUUCAAGAAUCUCCAUCCGAUCGACCAACUAUGUCAAAUGUUGUCUUCAUGUUGGGCAAUGAAACCACUCUUCCAUCUCCGGGGAAGCCGGCAUUCAUACUCCAAAGGAAGCAUGAUGAUGCAAACUCAGUUGCAACUAAUGUCACCGGAUCAUCGACAGAUCCUUCAACCAACCAAAUGUCAGGUACACUAUCCAGUGGGCAAGAAAUAGCAGUGAAAAGGUUGUCUCAAACUUCAAGACAAGGAAUUGGCGAAUUUAAGAAUGAAGUACGAUUAGUUUCCAAACUCCAACACAAGAAUCUAGCAAGGAUAUUUGGUUGUUGCAUUCACGGAGAGGACAAGAUGUUGAUAUAUGAGUACUUGUCAAACAGAAGCCUCGACUUCUUCAUCUUUGAUAAAACGAAAGGGGUGAUAUUGGACUGGAUGAGACGAUUUGAAAUCAUCAUAGGGAUUGCUCGAGGUUUAUUGUAUCUGCAUCAAGAUUCAAGACUGAAAAUCAUCCACAGAGAUUUAAAAGCAAGCAAUGUUCUGCUGGAUGCUACAAUGAACCCAAAAAUUUCAGAUUUUGGGAUGGCUAGGUUAUUCGGAGAGGAUCAAAUAGAGGCCAAUACAGAAAGAGUUGUUGGAACCUAUGGGUACAUGUCUCCAGAGUAUGCAAUGGAAGGCCUUUAUUCGACAAAAUCAGAUGUUUUUAGCUUUGGAGUCUUGACACUUGAGAUUGUGAGCAGCACGAGGAGCAAUCAGUGUUACCAAGGAAGUUCAUCAUCUAGCUUGAUUGGUCAUGUGUGGGACUUGUGGAGUGAAGGAAGAGCAUUGGACAUGGUGGAUUCAUCAACAAUGGGAGAAUCAUUUUCCACGGAACAAGUCAUGAGGUGCAUUCAAAUAGGACUCUUGUGUGUCCAAGAAUUCCCGACAGAUCGACCGGCUAUGUCAGACGUUGUUUUCAUGUUGGGAAAUGCAACUACCCUUCCAUCUCCCAAAAAGCCAGCAUUCGUACUCAAUAAAAAGUAUGAUGAUGCAGAUCCAGCAACGAGCAGUGCCACUGGAUCAUCGGGAGUUCCUUCAGUUAACCGCGUAUCAAUAACCACUUUGGUAGCUCGAUGAUAUAUAGACGACAACCAUAUAUUGUAAGAGAAACAAAUUGGUGUUUCACUAUUCAUAAUUUCUUUUGUGUAAUUGCUAAUACUAGACAACUCUGUGCUUCUGGAUCUUUAGCUCUGCUUUGUUCAGCACAGAGGUACAAAUGUACAAUCAAACUAUGGGAAGAAGAAAACUUUAAUUGGUGAC